AGUAAUCCAGCAAUCCAUUUUAAAGCAAAAAAAGUGGUAUUAUUCAUUGUGAUUAGUUUUAUCUUUGGUAAAUUUGGACACAGUAUAAGAUAAAGUUCUAUUGUGUUUAUUCUGAGCUGCUUUUCAUGAGAGUGAUUGUACCAUCUGAUAAAGGCAGCUUCCCUCUAGAAUGGGGAAGUAGAUGCAUGCUGAGACAGGAGGGCGAGAUGAAUGGUUUUUACAUUUUGACACUCAGGCGAAAAAGUGUCAUGACAUGAAAUGGCUGAGAACUUAAACACGACACGAGGAAAAAAACUCUCAGAAACCAGAGUGAGCUGCAUUGUAUAACGGAGUGAUCAGUGAUCAUGAGCGCCUAUGCUCUGUCACCUGACUUUCUCUUUGAGAGCCACCAGAGGAAUACCGACGGUGGCUGGCAGAUGAAACAGAGCAUGCAGCGUGCCGCCUCUUCUGACACCCUCAGCACGAUGGCGUUCAGCAGUGCCAAUGCCCAGUUCCAUAACUCUGGCCCCCUGCAUGAUGUCAAGCAGCAGCUCAGCUACUCCCAAUCUAUGAUCCUGCCUGAGAACGGCAAGCUGGUCCAGCAGUGCAAAGAUUACUCCUGUAACAUGACCAACAUCGUCGUGGAGCCUCCGUCUCCCGAGAGCUCUCCGGACAGCGAUGGUUGCACACCAGAGUUGGAGAAAGCCGGCCUCCUGAACAAGACAAAGAUCGCCGAGGGAGGUCGGAAACUGAGGAAAAAUUGGAGCCCUUCCUGGGUGGUGUUGGUCGGGAAUAGUCUGGUUUUCUUCAAAGAUCCUAAAUCACAGACACCUUCCAGCUGGAAACCAGGAAACAGUCGCCCUGAGAGCAGUGUGGAUUUAAGAGGAGCACAGCUGCACUGGGCCAACGAGCUGUCCAGCAAGAAGAACGUCUUCAAACUGAGGACUGUGACAGGCAACGAGUUCCUGCUGCAGUCGGAGACAGACUCUCUGAUCAAAGAGUGGUACAGCACCAUACAGAACGUCAUCGACAGGCUGGACCGUGAAAACCCAAUAGACAACGUCCUUCUGUACUCUCUGAGGCGAGCGGGCAGUGUGGAGAUGCUGGACCACAGUGGAGACGAGGAUGAGAGGAGAAUGUCGUUCCCUCGCUCGUCGUCCAACCUGGAAAACACAGAGAGGAAGAGAGUGAAGACCCGGCUGAAGAAGCUGAUCCUAAAGAGACCUCCUCUGCAGACGCUGCAGGAGAAAGGGCUCAUUAAAGAUCAGGUGUUUGGCUGUCGUCUGGAGAUGCUCUGCGAGAGAGAGAAGAGCACCGUCCCUCGCUUCGUCAGACUUUGUACUGAGGCUGUGGAGAGGAGAGGACUGGAGACUGACGGUAUCUACAGAGUGUCAGGGAACCUCGCAGUGAUUCAGAAACUACGCUUCCUGGUGGAUCACGAGCGAGCGGUGACUACUGACGGCCGUUACAUGUUCCCAGCGGAGUUGGUACAAGAGGAGAAGCUGAAUUUGGAUGACAGUGAUUGGGAGGACAUUCAUGUCAUCACAGGAGCUUUGAAACUUUUCUUCCGCGAGCUUCCCGAGCCCCUGGUGCCCUUUGGCUUCUUCACCGACAUCGUGGAGACAGUCAAGAUGUCGGACUACAUGGACAAAGUGGAUCGUUUGAAGUGUCUGGUGCUUAACAUGCCUCCUCCAAACCAUGACACACUGCAGUUCAUGUGCCGCCAUCUCAAACGAGUGCUGGAAUUCUCAGACACCAACCGAAUGACCACCCAGAACAUCGGUAUCGUGUUUGGACCGACCCUGAUGCGCCCGGAGCGGGACAAUGGCAACAUGGCGGUGAAUAUGAUUUACCAGAACCAGGCGGUGGAGCUCAUCCUCAGCGAAUUUGACCAAAUCUUUGGAACUAGAGGCCCCUCUUGAACUUUUCGGACAGAGGGGGUUCAGAAGGCUCCCCCAGACGAAAGCACAAGUAGUGCAGCGUUUGUCCUCUUUGCCUGUUGACUCAUGUGGUGUAAAAAUGGAUUUCACAUCAAAAGAUAAUUAUGGGGUAAAAAGAACCAGGACAGAAAGCUGCUAAUCAUGACAUCUGGCUUCCAUAUAAAGCCACGUUAAAACAAUAAUAGUAAAACAAACCAAUUUUAGCUGCAGUACUUGUGUCUUUGACUGCAGAUGUGGAGCCCAACCUCGGUGUUCUUUUCUCCCGGAACAGACACCUCUUUGUCACUUUUCCUUGAUGUUUCAGACUUGAUCGGGAUAAAUAAAAGCCAUAAAAGUGAUAAAUCUCCUCCAGCUGGUCCAGCUAGCUGAGUAUUAAUCAGAAAUUUAUGAAAGAAGGAUUUGUCUUAACGGAGCACUGAAAGCAAACUUAGCAGAACCAUCUCACUGUGAAAACACAUGCACCAGCACCUCUUGCAGCAAGGAUGGACAGAUUCCACCUGCAAUGAACAGCAUAGAUAUACUGUUAAAAUAUGCAAACAAGCAGGAAGCAAGCUGUUGUUGGGCGUGUGAAUGUGCCCACAUCUCCGCUGAACAGUGUUAAGAUGAAGAGCUUCAUAGGUUGAAGACUUCAAACAGGGUUCAACGGGGAACUCUUCAAAGAUAAAAGCAUGAUUUCAGUGAUGGGAUGAAUGAGCCACCAGGGCAGCAAAUGUUCCUUUGUACCAAAUAGUACUUUGUCAUGUGUGGACCUUCUUCCCUUAUUGUACAAAUUUGGAUCUGUCUUCUAUUUUUAUUAAUGCAAACUCCUCAGAUUAAGUUAAAAAUAUUAAAUUGUAAAUAUGUGAAAUACUGUCUUUGUCAACUAGUAGCACUUUGCAUACAGUGUGUAACCUAAACAUCAUAUAUUAGCCAAAUUCAAACUGAUACAUUUGCUUUGAAAUGGACAGUGUCAUUAAUAUAUUGCUUUGACCUGAUUGCUAACACCCCUGCAAUAAUUAAAAAAGAGUGAACAAACUGA